AGUCCAAGGAGCAGGGGAUGUGGGACGUUUUAGGAAAUUCCAUAUUCACAUUCCCGUUCAAGACACCAUGAUAACUGGUCCAAAAAAACUAAGUUUGUACAAUUUAUGUGUCGAAUGCUAGUCGGUACAGUGCGAACGUGUGACGUUAAACGCUGAAGUGGCUUUAAACUUGAAAGUUGAUAACGGUCGGGACUGUGGUGUGUGUGUUAUCCGGACAGAGUUUUAUUCACCCGUUAUUCGCCACGUCCCACGGUACGUUUUCAAAACUGAAAGAACGAACCAUUCAUGUCCACAUUUAUUUUUUGUUUUAUUCCUACUGUUGGUUUUUGGGUGAAAGAAUCUCCCAGCAGCAGCAGGCUUGGAUGUUAAGAAAUUAGGCGAGGAGAGCCUUCCCAUCAUCCCUUGCCGUUCAGGAAUUUCACGGAUGUUAUUCGUAUUUCAGGAUUAUUUCAAUGUUCUGCGUCGAGCCUUGCCUCGCCCAACCUCUUCUGCUGCUGUGCUCAUUGGGGGUCAGAACGUGACCCGGGUAACGUGUGUAGAAGAGUGGAGCCGGAAUGGGCACGGCCUCAUCCCUGGUGAGCCCCGGGGAGGUCAUCGAGGAUGCCUACGGGGGAGGGGGUGGGGAGGCCUGCGAGAUCCCUGUGGAAGUGAAGCCCAAGGCCCGCCUCGUGCGCAGUUCCUUCCGGCGCGGCCCACGUGUCAUCGGCGCUAGCUUCAAGUCUACCGGUUCGGUGGACCUGGAGUGCGCUGCUGAGCUGGAGCGCCUUCGCAAGGACUACGAGAUCCUGCGUGUGAGCAAGAGCAAUGAAGUUGCUGCCAUGCUGAAGAAAGAGGCCAAGCUGGAUGAGGAGAAUAAGAGGCUGCGUGCCGAGCUGCAGGCCCUGCAGAAGACCUACCAGAAGGUCUUGAGGGAAAGAGAGAGUGCUCUGGAGGCCAAAUACCAGGCCAUGGAGAGAGCCGCUACUUUCGAGCACGACCGUGAUAAGGUCAAGCGCCAGUUCAAGAUCUUCCGCGAGACAAAAGAGAAGGAGAUUCAGGACCUGCUGAGAGCCAAACGAGAGUUGGAGGCCAAACUUCAGCAGCUGCAGGCGCAGGGGGUUCAGGUGUACGACCCCGCCGACUCUGACUCGGAUGACAACCACACGAGAGUGGAGGCUCCUGGGGCUCAGUGUGAGUACUGGAGUGGCCCUGUUUUGGGCAGCGAACCCUCUAUGGGCAGCAUGAUGCAACUGCAGCAGACGUUCAGAGGCCCCGAGUUCGCCCACAGCCUGAUCGACGUGGAGGGCCCCUUUGCCAACGUUAGCAGAGAUGACUGGGACUCAGCGGUGGCCAGCUUGCUGCAGGUCUCACCACAUGUGUCCCAGGUGUUGUGGAGCAACACAGUACGCUGCUAUCUCAUGCACACCUCGGAGACCCAGACUGAGGUGGACAUCUUUGUCAGGAGUUACUCAGCCAGGCUCCGGAAGCUGUGCGAGGGCCUGGGCCAUUUCUACGUGACCGCCAGCUUCCCUGCGGAGAGCGCAGGUAGCUAUGUGGCAGAGCGUCGGCAGGAGAUCGAGCGCAGCUCCGUGUGCGUGCUGCUGCUCAGAUCCUCCGUGACAAGCUCACUGGUGGAAGAUGCUGAGGAGGCUUUUGUGAAGAACCCCGAAGCUCGUCCCCUGCUGCUGUACCUCCGCGGUGGGGAGAGCGUCUCCCUGUCUGCUCCGGCCAGGGAGUUGGUCGAGAGGGUGACUGCGGCAGACAAGGCCGUCAAAGUCAAGGUGAUAGAGAACAGUGGGGACUCCGAAGAGGGAGCAUCUCUCAUCCAUGCUCAGUUGGAGAAGGUUAUCAAACAGGAGCUCUUGGGCCAGGAGAUGGCCGAUGGAGAGAGCGCCGUCUCUUGCUUGGCCGAAGGGGAGGGGGGCGAGGAGGACGACUUUGGCGACGUGCCGUGGGAUCUGCACGACGAACAGGAGCAAGCCGAGGCCUUCCAGCAGGCCGCAGCGCUGCCCACCCCAACGGGCUGCCAGAAGUACAUGGAGCGUCUGAACGACAUGGUGGCCGCGCCCCCACCCAUCCCCCCUCUUCUCAUCUCGGGGGGGCCGGGCUCAGGGAAGACCCUCCUCCUUUCAAAAUGGAUCGAGUUCCAGCAGAAGCACUCUCCGGACACGCUGAUCCUGUACCACUUUGUGGGACGCCCUCUGUCCAACAGUGCGGAGCCGGUGCUCCUGAUCAAACGGCUCACGGUCAAGCUCCUGCAGCACUUCUGGUCCAUCUCAGGCCUAUCAAUGGACCCCUGUAAGAUCCUGGAGGAGUUCCCGCGCUGGCUGGAGAGGUUGUCUGCACGUCACCACGGCAACAUCAUCGUCAUCAUCGACUCCAUCGACCAGAUUCAGCAUGCAGAGAGGCACAUGAAGUGGUUGAUCGAUCCACUGCCAGUGAACGUGCGGGCGGUGGUGUCGGUCAACGUCGAGACCUGCCCCCAGGCGUGGAGACUGUGGCCCACGCUCCACCUGGACCCCCUGAACCCCAAGGACGUGAAGGCUCUGAUCGCUGCCGAGUGCCAGGGGGCACAGGUCAAACUCAGUCGCGAGCAGGAGAAGAAGCUAGAACGUCACUGCCGAUCAGCAUCCACCUGCAGCGCACUCUAUGUCACUGUCCUGGCCAAAAUGAUCUCAGAGUCCCGUGUGCUGGAUCGUACCCUGGAGCAGUGCGUGCAGUGCCAGGACACGGUGUCUCUGUACAGACUAGGGCUCCGGGUCAUCAUGGACACACUGAGCACCGACAGGGAGAAACUUAUCAUGAAGGAGGUGGUGUGUCUGAUCUGUGUCAGCCACAAUGGUGUAAGCGAGUCUGAGCUGCUGGAGCUCUUCCCCGACCUCGCCUGGCCCGUCUUGACCUCGCUGCUGCACCGGCUGCAAAGACUGCGCAUCGUGGCCUUCGGCUGCGGCCUCCUCAAGUUCCAGCACCUGCAGGCCGGGGAGGCGGUACGACUGGAGUACAUGGACACGGAGACCAGUACAUCAGUGUGCAGAGAGAGGCUUAUCCAGUACUUCAGUCGCCAACUCAGGGAGGACAGGGUUACGUGGCGGGUGGCGGACGAGCUGCCGUGGCUCUUCCUGCAACAGGAGGACAAAGCCAAGCUUCAGCACAGCCUGCUCAACCUCUUCGUAUCCCAGAACCUCUACAAAAGGGGCCAUUUCUCGGAGCUGCUGUCCUACUGGCAGUACGUGGGCAGGGACAAGGGCUCCAUGGCUGCCGAGUACUUUGACUCGCUGAAGCAGUACGAGAAGAGCUGCGAGGGCGAGGACAGCAUGACCCGCCUGGCCAACCUCUACGAGACGCUGGGACGCUUCCUCAAGGACCUGGGCCUGCUCAGCCAGGCCGUGGCUCCCCUGCAGAGGUCUCUGGAGAUCCGGGAGACGGCGCUGGACCCGGACCACCCAAGCGUGGCGCGCUCCCUCCACCAGCUCGCCGGGGUCUAUGUGCAGUGGCGCAAGUUGGGCAACGCCGAGCAGCUGUACAAGCAGGCGCUGGAGAUCGGAGAGAACGCUUAUGGCUCCGAACACACCAGCGUCGCUCGCGAGCUCGACUCCCUCGCCCUGCUCUACCAGAAGCAGAACAAGUACGAGCAGGCUGACAAGCUCAGGAAGAGGGCUCUGAAAAUCCGCCAGAAGGCUGCCCGCCAGAAGGGGAACAUGUACGGUUUCACCUUGCUGCGCCGGCGAGCGCUCCAGCUGGAGGAGCUCACCCUAGGCAAGGAUUCGGCCGACUGCUCCAGGACCCUUAAUGAGCUCGGAGUGCUUUACUACCUGCAGAACAACCUGGACGCAGCCAAGGUGUUCCUCACACGCUCUCUGGAGAUGCGGCGCCGAGUCCUGGGUCCCGACCACCCGGACUGCGCUCAGUCGCUCAACAACCUGGCGGCGCUGCACUGCGAGCGGCGGGAGUACGAGCGCGCCGAGGAGCUCUACGAGAGCGCGCUGGACAUCCGGCGCCGCGCCCUGGCUCCAGACCACCCAUCGCUGGCCUACACUGUCAAGCACCUGGCCAUGCUUUACAAGCGCAGGGGGAAGCUGGAGAAGGCGGUGCCCCUCUAUGAGCUGGCGCUGGAGAUCAGGGAGAAAUCGUUUGGACCCAAACACCCCAGUGUGGCCACAGCACUGGUCAACCUGGCUGUGCUCUACUGCCAGCUGAAGCACCACGGUGAAGCCCUGCCACUGUAUGAACAGGCCCUGAAGAUCUACGAGGACAGUCUGGGCCGCUCGCACCCGCGCGUGGGAGAGACACUCAAAAACCUGGCUGUACUGAGCUACGAGGAGGGGGACUUCGAAAAGGCAGCCGAGCUCUACAAGCGCGCCAUGGAGAUCAAGGAGGCGGAGCCAUCGCUGGUGGGCGGGAAGGCCCCGUCCCGCCACUCCUCCGGUGGGGACACCUUUAGCCUACGAAGCCCUGCCCUGCACCCCAACGCCAGCCUGCAGCUGGGGAACAGGUGACCUAUCCGAAGGCCUCCAGGCGGUUGGCUGUUCCCAGCAUGCUCCGCAGCGCACCCAAAUACUAAAGCGCCUGUUUUGAUGACAGAUACCAAGCAACUAUGACUCCCGCGUCAGCCUUGAGCUCCUAGGCACGUGCAGCAGGGGUGGAGAGUGCUCGUCUAUGAACAGAGCCUGAGAAUGUGCCGGAAUUAGUCGAGACGAUCUCGCUGCUUUUUUAACUUGGAUCUACAGCUGUGAGGAAACAGGAGCGGUGUGAAAACUUUGCCAUGACAACAGUCAGGAGUUAUUCAAUAACACUCCCACAUCCCCCGUAGAGAACCUGACUUAUUUUUCUAGUUUUAUGCUAGCUG